ACAGCGGACGGUUUCAUCGUCGGAGAAACGAACCCAGAACCUUUAGGCCUGGGUCCACCCCCACAACAUGUUGCUUAGCAACGCAGCCUGUGUUUUGCUGGCGUCGGUCUUUUUCUUCCACGCGAGCUGCGGGAAAAAGAUUGUCAAUACAGAGCCCGAGGACACAGAGACACUGCUGGAACAUGAGCAGCUUCUUGUUGUCCCCGAACUCACAUCCGCGAAGCAACAUCCGCCCACGGCUUUCAAAGAUAGCUCCGCGAUGCAACAGCAUAAGUCCUCGGCGCUAAAAGACAACACAGCAAAGCAGUAUCCACACACAGCCUCUGAAGACAGUUUUGCGAAGCAUCAGCUAUCCGCGGUCCCCGAGGUAGGAUCUAUGAAGGAACAUUCACCGACAAAAGAUGAAUCAUCGAAGGAACGUGUAUCCACAGGCCUAGUGUCUCGAGACAAAUCCGCGAAGCAACACUCAUCCAAAGUCUCUCAAGACAACUCCGCGAAGCAACUGUUCGUGGUGGACAGCUCUACCAGACCGUCUGCCCCUCAAA